ACUCCUAGCAUGCCCAAAGGCUGUCAGGGCAUGCUGGGAGUUGUAAUUUUGCAACACCUGGAGGCACCCUGGUUGGGAAACUGUGGAGUAUGCCCUAUAGAGGUGUGGUGAACUACAACCCCCAGGAGACUACAGAGGCAGCAUGCUGGUGUUAUACCACAGAUUGAAGACUCCUGAAUGACACAUGCUGGGAGUUGUAGUCCCUUUUGUGUGUGUGUAUGGCAGUGUAUCCCAACCAGGGCUGAUUAUAUUAGUGUGCUGUGUAUAAGGGGCCGACCCGGGAAAAUAGUAGGGGGGGGGGGGGGGGAGGUAAAAGGCGGAACAUACAAAGGAGACGCCCCAAACCAGCAAGGCAUGUGGCAUGCUGGGAUUUGUAGUUUUCAGCACAGCAAGAAACAGGAAAUAGAAGCAAAGAUAGGAAAACAAAGUGGGGGAUAAAAAGACAACAAAGAACGGAAAUAGAGUCGCCUAAACAGCAAGAAUAGAAAUGAAACAAAACAAAUAGGGGGGGUGGCUUGCCUAUGGAGGAGUGAAGACGUGCUAGCGGUGUCGUAUCGAUGGAAAGGCAGCAGUGGGGCAUUGAAUUAUAUGUUACACUCUGAUCCAAAGUUCUGCUUGGUCCCGAACAACCAACUAUACAGACUCUGGCAAAACGGACCCGUCACCCAAGAGCUCCUUUGAUCUUGCGUCUUUCUUCUCCUUCCCUGCUGCUGCUGCUGAUAUGUUCCUGUAAGUGAUUAAAGUUUACCUCCUUGUAUCCAUCGGUGUAUAAAGUGUAUACCUUCCCAUCAAGACUAUGGAGAAUUGCUCAAGUCCUGACAUCAAUAUUACCUGGAUGAAGUAUUGUAACAUCACUGACAAAGAAGAUGGCCGCAGCGUCCAUGUCACCACUGUUUUAUCCGCUAUUAUUUGUGCUUUGGUAUUUAUAUCGGGGACAACAGUAAAUGGCUUCGUCCUAUGGAUUAAAGUUUCCAAGAUGGAGAAGAAAUACCGGACAAUCUUGUACCUUCAUUUGUUCGUCUCAUGUUUUAUAUUCUCCUUAAUCCAGCCUCUGGACAUGGUCUACUUUGCCUUAGACAUUCACUGGCCCUUUGGUUCUUUCCUGUGUAGAUUGAACAAUGCUAUCGUCUAUCUCUACAUGGUUGUGAGUGCCCUUAUUCUCACCUUAUUCAGUGUAGACUAUUGCUUGGUCGUCCUAUUUCCUUUUGGUUUUACUCCCUAUAGGACCAAGGAGUUGGCUUCUAUACAAGUCUUAGUCAUAUGGAUCUUCUCGCUCGGAGUCUCUGUCCCUUACUUCCUUUUCAUAAACACAUACGAUUGCCAGAACUCAACCAGAUGUAUCUAUGGCGUUCUUGACAACGACCAGGUCCAGUACCGGUCUAUAGUCACCACCGCAUUUGUCCUUGGCUUCUUCAUACCAUUUCUGAUCGUCAUUUUGUGUCUCAUCAUCACCGGAUUGUUAUAUCAUAGGAAAAAUUCCUCAAGUAAGACAAAUCUACGACAUGUAACAUCUGUACAUCAGGAAGUCAACGCUACAUAUAUCAUCAUACGAGCCAAAGAGAAGAACAAUUCUUACUAUAAGAAGAGAAGUAGAAGGAAACCUAAAGUGCCUGUGAUAUAAGGAGAUCUUCUACGGGACAAUCUGCUUCUUUUCAAGGAUUUAGAGUAAAGG